AUGGCCGAAGGGAUCGACACUUUGCAAUCCCUGUACUCGCGUCUGGGAGUUCGUUUUCCGACGGCCCUUCUUCAAACGCAGCGGGUGGGUCUCGUCGUACUGCUCGACGAGACCAAGGACAUCAACAAUCAGCUAGUCACGAGACUCCCAGCUGUCCCACGCCGGUGGAUAGCCACGCCAGCGGACGAGGUAACUCGUCCGGACGCCAUUCAUAUCGUGGUGGCUCAAAAUACGCUCCACUAG